ACAGCCGCCAAGACCACGAGUCCGGAGAUGAAGGAUAGUCCCGUAGUGAGUAAUCAUUCUUCUACCCACUCUGGCCACCACAGCACUGCGCCCACCGUCCUCGCAAAGUUUGACAUCAGUGUCGCCUUGGAGGAUUUCGUUUUUGAGAAUUCUCGCUUGCUUCAGUUGUACACGAAUAUCCAACGGCCGUUGUUUGGACAGCUGACGAUUCUGGUAAAGCGAUAUUUCAAACAUGCUACGCUGUGCGACGCUCACGCGGGUUUUCUCAGUUCCUACUCCCACCAGCUUCUGUUGAUUCACUUCCUGCAAAGAAAGCGCUACCUUCCGUACUUGCAAGACCCUGAUCUCUAUGCACGAUGGGAGACGGAUCGUGCAGGAGAUGUCAGGAGCUGCUCCUCGAACACCAUUAAUAAAAAUGACCACUCCUCGCAAGUGCAAACAGCAGCGGGUUCGGCUGGUACAUCUGCCGCAGCACCUUGUUCCGCCUCCUCUGUCCCACCAACACCGUCUGGAGGGUCGAUGUCUAUCGUUUCCGCGGCAGGUUGUGCGAACACAUUAGGGAACGGUAUGAAUAGUAGUUGUAGCAGUUCCUCAACGAUGUUGUCAACAACAGCGGGGUUAUCAGUAUCUCCGAAUGCCACAUCGUCGCGUAGGUCUGUUGUCCUAGCGGAGCAGAAUCCCCGAAGUCUCAUGGAGCGCAUGCGCCUUGACUGGGUGCGCGAGUCUAGAUUCGUGGAUUGGGCGGAGUGGCUGCCAAACCAAACAACCCCUGUGAAAUACUUUCAUCUUACCUCGCCGCGCGGGGAGAACCUCAUCUAUGAUCUAUUCUACGAGUUUCUUCGCUAUCUGGCCAAAUUCAACCCGCACAAGCACAUGGUCUCGAUCCGACGGAAGCACAUGAACGCAGACUGCACUUGGGAGAAGCACAUUGAGGUCCUUGUUGAUCCUGAUAGCAGUUGUUGUACCAGUGCUGGUCUUGAUCAUCAACAUGCGGGAGAAGCAGGAGCAAAUAGAAGCUCGUCCUCUACAGGGUCGGUUGAGAUGCCAGCGGCUGCAGGAGAAUCGCGAAAGGAGAGUGUAGAAAGUAGUAUUCACCAAAACGAUGGUACAACUCUCAACGACAGCAGCGCAGAGCCGCAGGAUGAGGGGAUUUGCGACCCGCUCCCCAAAAAUGGGGAGGCUGGCCACGCGACCAGCUGCUCACAUUUAAUUGGUGACACAAGUGAUUCUGCCGUUUUUCCUCCUUCCUCUAUGCAAGGAUUUCAACUCCCGGCAUAUGAACUAGAAGUGGGUUCAUCCUCUGUUGAACAACCAGCAAAGAUGAAACUGGGAAGUUGUACCGCAACAACCGCUUCUCCUGAUUCCCUUGAGGUAGGCUCGCCUGAACAUGACCAUAGUAAUCUGUGCUCACCCAAAGAGCAGGUAGAGGUGGAGACAGGAGUCAACGCUUGUUCUGCAGCAACAUCUUGUUCUUCGAACACCACAGGAGGCGAAGAAGGUGGCUCAAAUACAACCACAGUAGGCGAAGAAAGUGGCUCCAGCACAGCUACUUGUUCUUCACAACGGCCAGGAGGAAAAUCCGUAGGUCCAACUACAGAUGGCACGACCACAACAACCAACACUGCUAUCGCUUCUUCCUCUAGCAUUUCAACAAAUAAACAAGCUAUAUCUGCUCAGCCUCAGCCCCCUAAAAAGCGUAGUAGAGCAACGGUAACCCAAUGGCUCGUUAGUGAGGAGAAGAGCAACUUCCUGUUUCGUAUUGAGGACCCAAUCGAACCCGGACGAGUCCUAGGAAUGCGUGAGGAGAAGCAUCAAGCGUGGGUUGCGCGAAUUCAUUUUGACCUUGAAGAGUGGGAGAAGAAGCCAGAAUACAUUUGCAGUACUUUAAAUUUGUUUUCGGUGCACCUGAAGAACUGAAAUUCUAUUUUGAGAUAUUUGAAUUUGGAACGAAGAGGAUAUCUGGUAAGCAUAACAGCAUGGUCGUGUCGGCAGUCGGUUGAAGAGGUAAAUACAAGACGCCUUAGACAAAGUUUGAUUUGGUUAUCAUGAUCGUGGUUCAUUAUAAUAUCUUCAGUAUGUUGUUGACUUCUUUGUAAUCAGAGAUAUGUACGUUGAAUGUGUCAUAUACCGUCAUCGCAUUCCCGUGAUCAAUAAAUCAAAGGUAUGCUGAAUGUGUCAACACCAUCGCAUUCCCGAGUGAAGCGCGCAGUAGAGCAGGCGCGAAGGCGACAGCAGGAGCAGCAUUUGCGCGAGAAAGCGGAGGAGCGAAAGCGUCGCGCCAAAGAAAUUGAACAAGAUAACCGAGCCCGUCGAGAAGCUGACCUAGCACUCGAAAACAUGUUGAAGAAUCCUGAAGAGUGGCCUGAAGUUGCAUCAAGCUCACUGGUGCAGACGAAUGCGAAUCCUUCCGCUAGUUCUUCGUCGUCCGCGAACAACAGUACUACAGCAGCAGCAGGAGCAAAAGCAGCCGUCUGUGGAGCAGGGGGUGUAGCAAAUAGUACUAACAGUUCCGCAAAUAACAACAACUGGAACACACCCUCACCGGGAGCAGGCCAGCAACACCAGAGAACAAAUGCAGUAUCGCAGGGAAGCUGGUCCGGUCCAGAGAAUAGUUCUGAACCUGCGACAGCAGGAUUGGAAGGACCAUCUACCUUCGCUUCGAAUAGCGCUUCCAGAAGCGGUAUGUCAUUUACUGACCCUUCUACUUCUUGCGGCUUCGCAGCAGGUUCACCAGGCAGCCGACCAGCGGGAGACUCAUCUGCUGAGGGGAUGGGGUCCACCCCAUCAAUGUCGAAUGCUACAACUAGCCUAAGCCUUUACUUCAAUCCAGCUGAUGGAACUUUACGCGCACGUAGUACACUGAGAGCACCGGCACAUUACCAAGGUGAGGAUCAUGGCAUGAGCAGUGCAGUCGAACGAAGAGGGACUGCACACCAGCAAACAGAGUAUGGCGAAGCACCAUCUUCAGGAGAUAAUAGGAGGAGUUCGUCGUCGUCGUUGUCGUCUCGGUUUGACGCGCAACAACACGAACAGUUUACACAAACAAGGGCUUGCUCCUCGGACGCGGAGAGACUCAAGAACAGUGUGAAGAAGGACAAUAGCAGCAGAGGUCCUCCGAUUGCGGAUGUAGUUGAGGAGCCGUUUUGCUUCUGGGGCGUUCCUAGCGGAGGCGGGGUCUCCUCUCUUGCUCGCUCGCUCGAGACGCAACGCACUCAGCAUGGGGGCAGCAGUCGGUUUAACAAUGGUGGCAGUCGGUUUGAACAAGCUCAACAUGGUCAAGCUCAAGGAGGAGAGGAUGGUGGAGUAGCUGGAGUACCGAAGCGCACGCGCAGUCGUUUCGACACUGCUAUGGGAAAUCCUGCUGUCCCAGACAGUACUGCACCAGACAGCAGCACUGCUGUAAGUGCCACUGCCGCACAUUCCUCAAUGUCGAUGGUAGUACCCAAGCGCGCGCGUGCUGGAACAGCCGUAAGCGUGGCGAGCGACAAUAAGUCGGGCGCAAACGGGAAGAAGCAGAAAAGGAAGAAAGGGAAAGACGUCACUACCGAAAUGCUACGCGCGUGGACAGGAGCAAAAUGAGCUAGUCUGUUGUUCCAGCUGAGAGGAGUAGCUAACGUAAAGGAGAGGUGAGGUUGGAGGUCCUAGUAGAGCGUCAGGGCUGCGAGAAGAUGCAUUUCAUUCGGAGAAGAAUACUAGGCUUCCUGCCUUUGCGUUCACAGAGUGGCGCUUUUCACCGCACUGGAAAAACAUGGAGGAGAGGAGAAGUGAAGUGCCAUUUCUGGACGUGUGUCACAGUUGUUGUAAAAUAUUGUGUAAAGGAACUUGGCAUAGUAGAUGGGCAUCGUGUUUCUACAUGCGCCCGCUUGUACCCAGUUGCCAAACCGCCAGUAAUGAUGUCCACGACAUAUUGUUGAGGAUACAACUACAAACGCGCUUAGUUGUAACAUUUGCAUGGACCUCAUCGUACAGCAUGCGUCCUUCCUCCUACACCACGCAACUGCAUGUUUCAAACAUUCAGUGAAGCGGAGACAUCUUACUACAAAAUUUCUGAAGCGGAGGAGAUAUUUGUGUCAGUGUAUACUAUAAUUGAAUUCUAUAUUAAAACAGAGGGGCGCACAUAUUGGGCUGCAUGGCUAGGGCAUGGUGAAGCAUUACAUGAUGGCUUUUGGGGGUAAACAUAACACUUAAUAAUGUACCAGUGACCAGCGACGAGCAGGCUUGCUUACUAUUAAGUCUCGUUGUAGUUGAUUACUGUCUCGUCUUCGCUUUACUAUGAUCCUUUGUGGCGGAAACUAUCUCUCUUAUACUGCUGUAUCAAAUGCAAUGGAUGACGCGUUCGCCACUAACGAGUGC